GGGGCGUGAGCGUGGGCCCGAGGCUGUUUUCUGUACCACGGGCUGUGCGUCUGUGGCUGCCCCGCGGUCCUGCGUGUCAUGUCGUGGGCUGCGUGUGAGCCCCACCUGCCCAGCACGCUGCGCCUCCCGGGCAAGGACUCAGUGGGGAGGAAGGGAUGCCAGCCCCCCGAGGGAAGUCCACGUCCAAGGCACCAGUGACGUUUGGGGACUUGGCCAUCUACUUCUCCCGGGAAGAGUGGGAAAGGCUGAGCCCGGUGCAGAGGGAUCUGUACGAAGACGUCAUGUUGGAAAACUACCAGAACCUGGUCUCUCUUGGACUUACCUGUCGGAGGCCUAAUGUGAUCACCUUAUUGGAGAAACGGAAAGCACCCUGGAUGGUGGGACCCGUGGGAAGACGCCGGGGCCUGGACUCAGGUUCUAAAUGUGAGACCAAGAAGUUACAUCCAAAUAAUUGCAACAAAUCUUGCCAAAGCAUCUAUCAGAAACCAGUUUCUGCAACACAAAAAGGUCCCACAAGAAAGAGAGGCUGCAAGAAAAAUUUGGCCCUUAGAGAAACCAAGAAAGUGCAUCCAGGGGAGAAAUGUUUAAAAUGUAAUGAAUGUGGGAAAAUCUUUAGUCAAAGCUUAUCUUCUAAACUUCAUCAGAAUUCUCAUACUGAAGGGAAGCCUUAUGAAUGUAGUAAUUGUAGAAGGGCCUUCAGACAGGUUUCGUUCCUCAUCCUUCAUCAGAGAAUUCACAAUGGAGGGAAAAGCCAUGAAUGUGAUCAAUGUGGGGAAAGUUCUAUGCAAAGAACAGCCCUUAUUCUACAUGAGAAAAUUCAUGGUGGAAAGGAAAUCUUUGACUAUGGGAAGGCCUUGAGUCAGUGCCCAUCCCUUAGGGUAGAUGAGAAAAUUCAUCUUGUUGAGAAUGCCCACCAGUGCAGAAAAUGUGGGAAAGCCUUCAUUCGAAGGUCAUCCCUUUUACUUCAUAAGAAAAUCCACAAUGGAAAGAAAACACAUGAAUGCAAUAAAUGUGGGAGAGGCUUUAGUAAGAAAUCAGCCCUUGUUGUACAUAAAAGGAUUCAUAUAGGAGAGAAAACCCAUGAGGGUGAGAAGGCCUCAAGGCAACAGAGCAGUCACCAUUUAGAGAAUCCUUAUAAAUGUAGGAAAUGUGGAAAGUCCUUUAAUAGGAUUUCAUCCAUCAUGCUUCAUCAGAGAAUUCAUGCUUCAGAAAAACUGUACAAAUGUGAUAAAUGUGAGAUGGUCUUUAGGCAGUUUUCAACCUUUAUUCUACAUGUAAAAACUCAUAAUGGAGAGAAACUGUACAGAUGCAAUAAAUGUGAGAAGGUCUGUAAUCGGCAUUCAUCCCUUAUUCAACAUCAGAAGGUUCAUAAAAGGAAAAAGAAACUGUUUGAAUGUAAGGAAUGUGGGAAAAUGUUUUCUGAAACUGCCAACCUUAAAAUACAUCAGAACAUUCAUUCUGAAGAGAAACCUUUCAAGUGUAAUAAAUGUAGCAAAGUUUUCGGCCGCCAGUCAUUUCUUAUUGAACAUCAGAGAAUUCAUACUGGAGAAAAACCAUAUCAGUGUGAGGAAUGUGGGAAAGCCUUCAGUCAUCGAAUAUCUCUUACUCGACAUAAGAGAAUCCAUACUGAAGACAGGCCAUAUGAGUGCGAUCAGUGUGGAAAGGCCUUCAGUCAGAGCGCACACCUUGCCCAACAUGAAAGGAUUCACACUGGAGAGAAACCGUACACGUGCAAAACAUGUGGGAAGGCAUUCAGUCAACGUACGUCCCUUAUUCUACAUGUAAGAAGUCAUACAGGAGAGAAGCCCUAUGAAUGUAAUGAGUGUGGGAAGGCCUUUAGCAGUGGCUCGGACCUUAUCCGGCAUCAAAGAAGUCAUUCCUCAGAGAAACCCUAUGAAUGUAGUGAAUGUGGGAAGGCAUAUAGUAGGAGCUCAUCCCUGAUUCGACAUCAGAAUACACAUUCAGAAGGAAAAACCCUCUGCCAUCUCUGGACUGGGCCCUUCCCGAAGACGAGUCAAGAGGAGGACCCCCCAGCCCAUGAAAUUCUAAAAGUCAUGUCCUUCGGGUCAGACCUAUUCAGGGAUGUGGCCAUAGUCUUCUCCCAAGAAGAGUGGGAGUGGCUGGCGCCUUCUCAGAGGGACCUGUACAGAGACGUUAUGUUGGAGACCUACAGCAACCUGCUCUCACUGGAUCUUGCCAUUUCCAAACCUGAUGUGAUCUCCUUCUUGGAGCAAGGCAAAGUGCCCUGGAGGGUGGAGGAGGCAGCGACGGGAGGCCUGUGCCCAGUCGCGGGAUCCAGGUGUGAUACUAAGGUGUCCUCUCCAAAGCAGCCUGUUUGUGAAGUACAGCCAACCCUGUGGGAGAGAACCGAAAGCUUUGCAAGGUAUGAUCUCGAGUGCUUGAGUUUCCAGGACGACUGGGACUGCAAAAGCCAGUUUGACACACAACAGGGGAAUCCAGAUGGACAUCUGAGACAAAUUAUAAUGCAUUCUGAAGAAACGCCGCAUUUGGACCCACAAGCGUCCCUUGCUUUUUAUGAGAAAAUCCGUACUGGAGACAGACCCUGGGGAUAUAACAAAUGUAGAGAAGACUUUUGGCCAGAGGACUUCCUUAUUAACCAUCGAGGAAUCCACACCAGUGAGAAACCCUAUCAAUGUAAGCAGUGUGGGAAGGCCUUUAAAUAUGGCUCACGACUGGUUCAACAUGAGAAUAUUCACUCUGGCAAGAAACCCUAUGAGUGUAAGGAGUGUGGGAAGGCCUUCAACUCUGGUUCAAAUUUCAUACAACACCAGAGAGUUCAUACCGGCGAGAAACCUUAUGAAUGUAAGGAGUGUGCCAAGGCCUUCAGUCGGAGCUCCCAGUUGAUCGAACAUCAACGAAUUCAUACUGGAGAGAAACCCUAUCAAUGUAAGGAGUGUGGGAAGGCGUUCAAUCGGAUCUCACAUCUUAAAGUACAUUGCAGAAUUCACACAGGUGAGAAACCCUACGUGUGCAGGGAAUGUGGAAAGACCUUCAGCCAUCGGUCUCAGUUGAUUCAACACCAGACUCUUCAUACUGGCAAGAAGCUCUACGAGUGCAAGGACUGUGGGAAGGCCUUCAAUCAGGGCUCAACUCUCAUUCGACACCAGAGAAUUCAUACCGGUGAGAAGCCCUAUGAAUGUAAGGCCUGUGGGAAGGCGUUUAGGGUGAGCUCACAACUUAAACAACACCAGAGAAUUCACACUGGAGAGAAACCAUACCCGUGUAAGGUGUGUGGUCGGGCUUUCAAACGGGUCUCGCACCUGACUGUGCAUCAUAGAAUCCAUACAGGUGAGAGACCUUACCCACGUAAGGCCUGCAGGAAGGCCUUCAGCUACUGCUCACAGCUGACUCAACAUCAGGUGGUUCAUACUCAGGAGACAACCUGUGACUGUAAGGAAGGUGGGAGGCUCUCAGUCAUGGUCCACGUGCUGUUCAACACCACAGAGUGCAACGUAGAGAAACUCAGAAAGACUUGAAGGAUGUCACAGGUGUCAGAAUGCCUUCAUUCAGAGCUGUCAUUUCGCCGAACUCAUAAGUUUCCUGCUGAAGAAAGAUUUUAUGGACGUGUAUUGUUUAGACCGUGAUGGUCAAUGAAGCCAGGGAAAUUUGGAAAACACAUCUCUAACAUAUUCUCGAUUCACCUUUUCUAACUACCAUGUCAUAAUUUUAACAAUAGCCAAAGGUUUUAAUUUUCUUAGAAAUUGAAAUGUAAUAAAACAGCUGUGUCACUCUUGGGUUAA